UUCGCUCCCUAAGUGAUCCCUCUAAACAUCUCCUGUUUCCGUCUGUUGUUUCCACGCAGAGAACAGGGUGAAAGGGUCGUCAAGCCGUGCCGGGAAAAUUAGCCAACAUUUUCACCAACUUUUCCUCAGAUUUCAACAAAAACCCGUCCUAGGACCGACUCCACACGUCUCAGAGCUCCCGUGUUGAGGACUGACAGAGUAAAAACGCCAAAAUGACGACGGUACUACCGCAGCAAAAAGAACAACAUGGCGGGGGCACAUACACCUUCUCUUCCCGACCAAGGGCCGUGCAACAACGCAAAAAGUACAGGGACGCCGGACAGGGACAGGACUCCACAGCGCUCUACGGUAACAUCAUGUACGACCGGAGAAUCGUGCGCGGCAAUACGUAUGCACAGCACACCCUGCCCGCGUCUGCCCAGCCGGACCCAAUAGAAAUCCAGCGGCAGCAGGAGGCGCGGAGGCGAGCGAUCGCCCGGAAGCGCGCGAAGGAGCAGCUGCGACCGCGGUCGCCUGAAGCUGUGGAGGGCAGAAAACACAUCGACGUGCAGACGGAGCUCUAUCUGGAAGAACUCACGGACAGGGUGGAGGAGGCUGAUGUGGAGACUCAGACCGACACUUUCCUGGACAGACCCCCCUCCCCACUCUUCAUCCCCGCUAAAACUGGCAAGGAUGUCGCCACACAGAUAUACGAGGGAGAUCUGUUUGACUUUGACAUAGAAGUAAAGCCCAUCCUGGAGGUGCUAGUGGGUAAGACGAUUGAACAGGCCCUACUUGAGGUGAUGGAGGAGGAGGAACUGGCUAACCUGCGGGCUCAGCAGAGGGAGUUUGAGGAGCUGAGAAACGCUGAGCUGGUGGAGACACAACGACUGGAGGAGCAGGAGAGAAGGCAUCGCGAGGAGAAGGAGCGGCGUAUGAAGCAGCAGCGAGAAGUUUUGCGGAAGGAAAAGGAGACAGCGGAGAAGAUCGCAGCCCGAGCGUUCGCCCAGAGUUACCUGGCCGACCUCAUCCCGUCUGUGUUCGGCACUCUGGCAGAUAACGGCUACUUCUACGAUCCGGUGGAGAGAGACGUGGAGUCCGGAUUCCUGCCGUGGUUGAUGGAGACAGUAGAGAAGGCCAUUGACAAGUCUGUACUGGGCAGGACCAUGGUCGACGUUCUGAUCCGUGAGGUAGUAGCCCAGAGAAUGGAGUCGUUCGAGGCCCUCCAGCGCUCCAUCCAGGAGAUGUCCGGCGGCGCGGCGCCUUCCGUGUCUGUGUCUCAGACUGUGGUGGAAGCUCCCGCCUUCACAGAGGAACCCAAACCUGAGGAGGCUCCAGCUGAGGCCCCCCCAGCAGAGGAGACCCCCCCUACAGAGGGAGAGGGGGAGGGGGAGCAGGCAGAGGAGCCAGAGGGGGGUGAGGACGAGGGGGAACAAGUUGAAGAGGGUGGUGACGAUGCAGGGGGGGAGGCUUAGGUAGAACAGAGCUCAGUAUUCUCACUGGGAGGGAAUACUAACUAGUAUCCAAGGGAUCUAGUAACCUACAUGUGACUGAAGUGUGAAGUUUAUGCUGCCACAAAAAUGGCCAAACACACCGUCGGUAAACAGUGAUCUGUGGAAGUUUUACAAUGUCAGACUCACAAUCUGCAAUACAUGAACAACAGUCAAACAGCUGUCAUGCUCUACUCAGAAUUCUACACAGAAACAAGAAUUCUACUUAGAAUUCUACACAGAAACAAGAACUCUCUCCACACAGUUACAAGAAAACCUGUGCCAGACAGUAGGAAAAUAACUCCAACUCAGAAAUCCUCUACAAAUGUUGAAAAACUUUAAAACACCCACCCUCAGUCCCAUACAUGUAUAUGUACUAAAACUGCAUACACCGACAGAUACUGUUGUAUGAAUCGAGAUGUUUAUAUUUUGUAUGUGAAAAGAAAAGUCUACUGUAAUUACUGGUUGUCAUGGUAACCCUUCCCUGUUCCCUAGCAACCAGCGUUGCCAUGGAAACUACCAUUUCUAUGGUAACAGGAAUUCUGUACAUCAGUACAUUCCAGCUCCAAUGCCACAGAGUUAUUGAAUGAUUGCAAUUUUCUUUUUUUUUGCAAUUUUCAAAAUAUACAGUAUUGUUUAUUUGUUUCUACACAAUUCAUCAGAAGACUUAAAACAUGACAAUGAAAGGCAGACAGACCAGAGCUAAUAUCAAAGGAUAACUGUACAUUUUUAAUGAUUUGUAUUUAAGGUCCACAAUGUCCAUCCCUACUGUUUUAUAUUUUGUUAUAUUGGUGGAGCAUCUGUAUCUGUAAACCAUGAUAGAUCAGUUUUAUAGAUGUAAAAACUCUCAGAUAUUUGCUGCAUCCCACAAUGGAAAAGAUUGUGGGUUUAUGUACAUGUACCUGUAUGUAUGUACAUGUAUGUGUGUGUACACAUAUGUAUGUGUGCAUGUAACAUGUAUGUAAGAAUUCUCUAACAUGUCACGUGUUGUAUAGAAUAUAACGUUGUCAGCUGCACAGAAUUAAAGAUUUAUUAACCGAA